AUGUUCGACACUUUGACUGAUAAUAUUGCUUGUACAAACACCGAGAACAUUAUUAUCCAUAAGAAAUUUUUAGUUACAACUGGACUAUCAGAACUUGACGACGACCUCGACAAGCAGUCAGAACUUGACGACGACCUCGACGAACAGUCAGAACUUGACGACGAACUCGAUGAACAGUCAGAACUUGACGACGACCUCGACGAACAGUCAGAACUUGACGACGACCUCGACGAACAGUCAGAACUUGACGACGAACUCGACGAACAGUCAGAACUUGACGACGAACUCGACGAACAGUCAGAACUUGACGACGACCUCGACGAACAGUCAGAACUUGACGACGACCUCGACGAGCAGUCAGAACUUGACGACGACCUCGACGAGCAGUCAGAACUUGACGACGACCUCGACGAGCAGUCAGAACUUGACGACGACCUCGACGAACAGUCAGAACUUGACGACGACCUCGACGAACAGUCAGAACUUGACGACGACCUCGACGAACAGUCAGAACUUGACGACGAACUCGACGAACACUCAGAACUUGACGACGAACUCGACGAACAGUCAGAACUUGACGACGACCUCGACGAACAGUCAGAACUUGACGACGACCUCGACGAACAGUCAGAACUUGACGACGAACUCGACGAACACUCAGAACUUGACGACGAACUCGACGAACAGUCAGAACUUGACGACGACCUCGACGACGGCUCAGCGAAGAAUCGCUGA